GUCGUUGUCAUUCUGGGGGAUCUAAGAGACAGUAGUGGUAUUAGAUACAGCAGUUGCUGCAUUUGAUUAGAUUCUAUUAACUUGGUUGAUGCUUUUCUGUUACCACUAUUUUUGUGGGGACGGAAUUUGUUUGGUUACUAUCAGACAGGUGUAACACAAACAAGGCGGAUUAUACUCAUGACACACCAGUGCCAGUGGAGUCGGAGCAUUUAGGCAUCUGUGUGACGGCGUAAGAAGCAGCAAGAUGUCUGAGGACUACGGCAGUGUGACGCUGAGUGAUGAAGACAGUGAGGAAGAUGCCCAAUACCACCACUACGCCUAUGGUAGACAGCCUACAGAACUACAGGGUACAGUGUCAAAAUGGACCAACUAUAUUCAUGGAUGGCAGAACAGAUAUAUGGUGCUAAAAGAUGGCACCAUGAGCUACUACAGGAAUCCAGAUGAAACAGCGUUUGGUUGUCGAGGUUCCAUAAGUGUUCAGAAAGCUCAUGUAAAGCCCCAUGAGAUAGACGAGUGCCGGUUUGAUGUGUGCUUGAAUGACUGUGUAUGGUACUUGCGGACAAAUACUGAAGAAGAGAAGCAUCAGUGGGUAGAUGCGGUUGAACAGCACAAGUACUUGGAGAGUGAGGGUCUUCGGCGGCAUGGAAGCACCAUUUCACUUACAUCCAACACGUUCUCUACUACAUCUGGCUCUUCACUUAAGAAAUCAAAAGGACUGAAAGAGAAACUAGCUGAACUGGAGACAUACAGAGAUAUUUUGUUACGUCAGAUGGAUACCUUACAAUCUUAUUUUGAUGCUUGUGCUGAAACUGUAAAGGAUGUAAAGAAUGCUGAACCUACAUGUAAUGGUCACGAAUCAGAGAAUGAUGGGACAAUUGAAGUAGCUGUGGCUGCAGAGUAUGGCCUUGGAGAGUCUCCUAAAGUUGGUGGUAGAGCAUUUUCUCCACACCAUCUUCCUUAUCCUCAAGUUAGUAAAGAAAUCCUGCUAAAACAUGGUGCCUAUGCAUUGGAUUUCCGUGGAGAAGCCCUCACUUUUAAGGCAACAACUGCUGGGAUCCUGACCACUUUGAGCCAUUGUGUAGAUGUUAUGAAUCAGAGGGAAGAAUCUUUCAAGAAACGUUUAGAACGUGAAGGAGAGAAGCAGAGGCGACUAGAGGAGAGGUUGAAUCAUGCUCUUGCUGACAUUGCAAAAGAGAGGCCAACUACUAGAAGAGUGGUAGUCAUGGGAGGACCUGAUUAUGAGGAAGGACCACAUAGCGUGAUAGGAGAGGAUGAAUUCUAUGAUGCUGUCGAGUCUGCUCUGGACAAAAUGGAUGAAGAGGAGGAGUUCAGGGAACGUUUACGACUAAAACAGUUGGCAGCUCCUCAGAAGCCUGCAGCUACUCAUCCUCUCUGGCCUCAAAUAGAAAAACUAACACUGGAGCAACUGGGUUAUGCACAACAAGGUGUGGAGGGUGGCAUAUGGCAAAUCUUUGCAGAAGAGGGAGAAAUGAAAAUGUAUCGGCGUGAAUUAGAAGAAGAUGGGCUGGUUGUUGAUCCAUUGAAAGCUGUGCAUCAGGUACGAGGAGCUACAGCACAUGAGAUGGCUCAUCACUUUUGGUCACCUGAUGUUAGAUUUGAAUGGGACACAAGUAUUGAACAAAUGACUGUCUUGGACAGAAUAUCAGAUGAUACUCUUAUUUUCCUGCAAUUACACAAAAGAGUAUGGCCAACAGCCCAGCGUGAUGCUCUCUUUUGGUCACACAUAAGACAGAUACCCUCCACAGAUCCAGCCAAUGGAAAUGCUCAUGACACUUGGAUUGUAUGUAAUCAAUCUACCGAACAUCCUGAUGACCCGGAUGGAAAAUGUGUUCGAGUGGACCUUACAGUUUGUUUUGUGUGCCAGACAUUCAUCGAGCCACCACCUGCUCACGGUGAACCUAUUACACGAGACAAUCUUCUAACAAAGAUAACAUAUUGUUCCGUAGUGAACCCUGGUGGGUGGGCUCCUGCCUCUGUGCUAAGGACUGUAUAUAAACGUGAGUAUCCGAAGUUUCUCAAGAGAUUCACACAGUACGUUGUUGACAAAUCUGCUGACCAACCUAUAGCAUUCUCAGGGCUGAAGAUUAAAGAUCACAGUAAGCACUGGAGAGGUUAAGGGUUUUAUUUUAAGUCAAACGGUUAAGAUAAAAGGUUUUGGCUGUGAUUAAGGGAACUGGGGACUGCUACCAAAGUAUCAUUUCAAUACUGCCAGAUAUAACUAAUCACUUCAGAUGAAGUUUCUCCAAAGCUUUAUAGUAUUGCUUUGGUAAAAUAUUAUAUUCAUAAUUGUGAACAGAGUACAUGUAUUUUACUAGAAUAUGAGCACUACAGUUAAGCAUAAGCAUUUAGGGGAAAAUGCUGAUAAAACAUAUAUAGGAAGUUUUGAAGUCAAAAUGUGGUUAAUUCAUUUACAGUGAGAGAUUGUUUAAAAUGUUUGAUACCUGUGUAAAAAAAAAUUUGAUUCUCAGUACUUCUGCUGAAGUGCAUUAUUAAGAAGUAGAUUAAUUUUUUAUAUGAUUUCAUGGCUUUUUAUAUUUUCCAUAAUACUUUCUAAAUACUUAACCAUGCAAUGUAAAGAAUUAUAGGUUUAAGAUAAUAAAUGUUUAGGGAUAAAUUACUGUGAACUGUAUAGCAUAUUGAAACAUUAUACAAUACUAAAUAUAUUAGCAUUAAUACACAAGACAUGAAUGAGAUUAGUAGUAGUAGUGUAUUUUGUAUGUUUGAAAAUUUAUCACGCUAAAUGAAGGGAUAUAAACAUGAAUGAAUUGCUCUUUGCAGUGUAUAACAGGCUGCCUUGAACUAAGAGUGUAUAGCAAGUUACCCUGCAAUGGGAGUGUGUAGUGGGUUGCUCUCCACUGGGAGUGUGUAGUGGGUUGCUCUCCACUGGGAGUGUGUAGUGGGUUGCUCUCCACUGGGAGUGUGUAGUGGGUUGCUCUCCACUGGGAGUGUGUAGUGGGUUGCUCUCCACUGGGAGUGUAUAGUGGGUUGCUCUCCACUGGGAGUGUGUAGUGGGUUGCUCUCCACUGGGAGUGUGUAGUGGGUUGCUCUCCACUGGGAGUGUGUAGUGGGUUGCUCUCCACUGGGAGUGUGUAGUGGGUUGCUUGCCACCAGGAGUGUGUAGAGGGCAUCGAGGGUGUGUAGUGGGCUACCCCCUACUGGAAGAGUAGUGUUUACAACAAUUUGUAAUUCAUCCUAUGGUAGGGGAUUGCACUUAUGUAUGUGCCCUUUGCCUAAUUUUAUUAUAUUUUUCUCUAUAAUUUACUUGAGAAAACAAGUCUCAAGUAUAUUUUUAUAAAUUAGUUGAUUGUCUUCAGACUGAAGCUCAUUUUAUUACUUCCAUAGGGAGGUACAGUAUAUCUAAUACUAGUAGAUUUCACAUAACCUUCACCUAUGUAACUCAUUAGAAAUGGGAACAUAAAAUCGGGAUCCAGAUCACUGAUAAUAGACCUGUUAUGAAUAAUUUUACCUUUCAGUCUGGUCAGAAUUGUUUAAAAUAAAAACUAUCAUUAAUGUAUUUAUUACUUGUGGAAUUAUGCAGCAAAAUUAGUGCUUAGUGGUGAUUGAAACUUGCAUUUAAAGAGUCUGUUUCCUCUGGUUAUUGAGUGCCCAAAUGGACAGGGGUGUUGUGCAUCAGGCCCUAAAGAGCAUAAUUUUAAAGCCCUAUUUCUUAUGAGAGAAUUUGAUAUUUUAUUUUGUCUCAUACUUCUAAGUUAAUUUACCAAGGCAAUUUAUAUAAUCUUUCAUGUGGUCCAGUGGUUGCACAAAGUUUUAAACUGCUUGUAUAUAGGUGCAAUUCUGUCUGCCUGAUUUAGUUUGACUUUUUCUUAUCUAGACAUGGCACUUCAAGAAUCACUGCCCAGGCCAUCUAAUCCUUCAAAUAUUCUGUUAUCAAAUGAAAAUAAUUUAGGAAAAAAAGAGAAGUGUGGUAAAGAAGUGGAAAAGAGGAACAAAGGAGAGAUUUACUGGUCUAAUUUUUUAGAUGAUGAUAAGAAAAUGUGUGAGGAAUGUAAUAUCUGUGAAGGGAUUCAGGGAAACGUAUUUAGCUGGGCUUAUGCUUUGGAAACUUCGAAGUAGUCUCUGUACAUUGAAAGUGGCAUGGAGAAGUUGUGACUUAUUGGGUCAACAUUGGAGUGUAGUGUCUAUCUUCUAGAAAAACAAGCAGAGAUAUGUGAUGAAUGUUCAGUGAGUGAUGAAUCCUCGAAUUAUCCUGCCUAGGUGGGAAAUGGCCAGUUUAAUUUUUUCUUGUAUUGUUGUGUGAAUUCUUCUAGGAUUUCUGUCAUGGUAUGUAUGUCUUUUAUCCUUAACCCUUUCAGGGUUUUCGAUGUACUAGUAUGGCUUACACACCAGGGUUAUUGACGUACUAGUACGCCUAAAUUCCAGCGCCUUCAAAUCUAGCGAGAGAAAGCUGGUAGGCCUACAUAUGAAAGAAUGGGUCUAUGUGCUCAGUGUGCGCAGUAUAAAAAAAAUCCUGCAGCACACAGUGCGUAAUGAGAAAAAAAAAAACUGACCGUGUUUUUGGAUUAAAACAGCGACUUUGCACUAUAUUUUCGUAUGGUAUUUAUGGUUGUAUUCUAGUUUUCCUGGUCUCAUUUUAUAGAAUGGAAGACAUAUUACAGAACUUGAGAUGAUUUUGACUGGUUUCACAAUGAAAAGUACCUUGAAAUUUAGCUCAAAGUAGCAGAAAUGUUCGAUUUUUACCAAAGUUCAAAAGUAAACAAAUCAUGCCAAGCGUCCAAUACACGUCAACUU